CGUCAUAUAAGUCGAUUUUUGUUUCUUUUAAUUAACAGUUUUAUUCCAUUCUGUUUUGUUUUAGUUGUGUUUGUUUAAAAACAUUAAUUAAAAUGUUUAAAAGUUGUAACUGUCUAUGAAGCCUAUCGCCUAUUUAAUAUUCUUGAGCGGUUUUUCUGGUUAUUAAUAAUGGAGAGACAAGGCCGUUCGUUUGAAGCGGACUUCCAAUCGGUGGUUCUCGGUAUAAACAGACUGGUGGAGAUCAUGAAUUAUGUAACCAGUUUUCCUGAGACAAAUGCGGCCAAACAGAAACUGGAUGCUGGAACCAUAUUAAUGGAUAUAACACAUGAGGUUGGGCAGCUAAAACUUACACUUUUGCACUACGAGAAAGACAUUUGCAUUCCAAUCCUGAAUGAUAAACAACAGAAAAUGGAUGAAAUCUUGGAGACCUUUGAGACACCAACGGUGAACGAAACGGCAGUACCACCAGAAAAAGCCAGCACGUCAAGGCAGACCACCACGCGUAAGUCAGUGACGAUGCAGAGGAAGAAAUGUUUGCUGCCGCUGCCGUGGGAAGAAACGCUGAGGAGGAGGAGGAGGACAUCUCUAUCGCCACGGAAGCCAAAGCUGAAACCGAAGAAGACCUCAUUGCUGAAGCUUACAACAAAAACAAUAACAACACCAAUAUCAAAGCGGACACCACCACCGAAGCAACCAACAACAAUAACAACAUCGAAGCGGUCACCACCACCGAAGCAACCGACAACAAUAACAACAUCGAAGCGGUCACCACCACCGAAGCAACCGACAACAAUAACAACAUCGAAGCGGUCACCACCACCGAAGCAACCAACAACAAUAACAUCGAAGCGGUCACCACCACCGAAGCAACGGACAACAAUAACCACAUCGAAGCGGUCACCACCACCGAAGCAACCGACAACAAUAACAACAUCGAAGCGGUCACCACCACCGAAGCAACCAACAACAAUAACAUCGAAGCGGUCACCACCACCGAAGCAACGGACAACAAUAACCACAUCGAAGCGGUCACCACCACCGAAGCAACCGACAACAAUAACAACAUCGAAGCGGUCACCACCACCGAAGCAACCGACAAUAACAACAUCGAAGCGGACACCACCACCGAAGCAACCGACAACAAUAACAACAUCGAAGCGGUCACCACCACCGAAGCAACCGACAACAAUAACAACAUCGAAGCGGUCACCACCACCGAAGCAACCAACAACAAUAACAGAAACAACAACAACAUCGAAGCAGACAACACUACCACCAAAGCAACCAACAAUAUCUGGUAUCACAAUCAAAGAUGAGAAGGAGCUGAAGACCAGGAUGAAGCACCUAAGUCACAUGGCAAAGGAGAUCAAUCGACUCGAGACAGAGACUUGCCAUGUCAGGCAGCUGAUUGACUUGGUUAAUAUUCUCGAGGACAUGACCGAAUCUGUGGUCUUUGCGGCCGCCUUGAACAGGCGAUUCAACAGUCCUGCAGUCAGUCACGAGUCAGAUGAUAUUACACGUACCAGCCAGAGUGUAUCAAUUGGUAUUGGACCCAUUUACCAUGCUGAGUCAGAUGGUACUUUAACAUCCUCAGAUAUUCAGUCAGAUGGCAUUAGACCAACCCAGAAGUCAACUGGUACUGGACCCAUUCACCAUGCUGAUUCAGGUUGUAUUUUAACAUCCUCAGGUAUUCAGUCAGAUGAUAUUAGACCUACCAACCAGAGGGAGUCCGAUUCCUACAGGAUCAUCAACGAAGAUGUCUUGGAUGAUAUCAGAACUACAUGUACAUGUAUACACCAUACCGAGUCACAUGGCAUUAAACCCAUCAUCCAGAGCGAGUCAUAUAUUAUAAAAACCAUCAACCAGGGUGAAUCAGAUGAUAGACAAACCAAACAUAUUGAGUUACAUGGUAUUAUACCAAACCACUCCAUUGAGUCAGAUGGUAUUUUACCACCCACAGAUAUUCAGUCAGAUGAUAUUAGACCCACCCAGAAGUCAACAGGUACUGGACCCAUUCACCAUGCUGAGUCGGGUGGUAUUUUACUAUCCUCAGAUAUUCAGUCAGAUAAUAUUAGACCCACCCAGAAGUCAACUGGUACUGGACCCAUUGACCAUGUUGAAUCAGGUGGUAUUUUACCACCCACAGAUAUUCAGUCAGAUAGGAUUAGAACCACCCACAAUACUAGUACUGGACCCAUUCACCAUGCUGAGUCAGGUGGUAUUUUACUAUCGUCAGAUAUUCAGUCAGAUGAUAUUAGACCUACCAACCAGAGCGAGUCCGAUUCCUACAGGAUCAUCCACGAAGAUGUCUUGGAUGAUAUCAGAACUACAUGUACAAACCAUACUGAGUCGGAUGGUAUUAAACCCAUCAUCCAGAGUGAGUCAUACAUUAUUAAAACCAUCAAACAGGGUGAAUCAGAUGAUAGACCCAUCAACCAUAUUCAGUCAAAUGACAUUAUACGCAACCACCAUGUUGAGUCAGGUGAUAUUUCACCACCCACAGAUUUUCAGUCAGAUGGUAUUAGACCCACUCAAAAUAUCGAGGUAAAUGGUGCUGGACCUAUUCACCAUGUUGAGUCAGGUCGUAUUUUACUAUCCUCAGAUUUUCAGUCAGAUGAUAUUAGACCCACCCAGAAGUCAACUGGUACUGGACCCAUUCACAAUGUUGAGUCAGGUCGUAUUUUACCACCCACAGAUAUUCAGUCAGAUAGGAUUAGAACCACCCACAAUACUAGUACUGGACCCAUUCAUCAUGUUGAAUCAGGUGGUAUUUUACUAUCCUCAGAUAUUCAGUCAGAUGAUAUCAGACCUACCAACCAGAGCGAGUCUGAUUCCUACAGGAUCAUCAAAGAAGAUGCCUCGGAUGAUAUCAGAACUACAUAUACACACCAUACUGAGUCAGACAGUAUUAAACCCAUCAUCCAGAGUGAGUCAUACAUUAUCAAAACCAUCAACCAGGGUGAAUCAGACGAUAGACUCGCCAACCAUAUUGAGUCAGAUAAUAGACAAACCAAACAUAUUGAGUCAAAUGGUAUUAUACCCAACCACACCAUCGAGUCAGAUGGUAUUUUACCACCCACAGAUAUUCAGUCAGAUGAUAUUGUACCCACCCAGAAGUCAACUGAUACUGGACCCAUUCACCAUGUUGAAUCAGGUGGUAUUUUACUAUCCUCAGAUAUUCAGUCAGAUGAUAUCAGACCUAUCAACCAGAGCGAGUCUGAUUCCUACAGGAUCAUCAAAGAAGAUGUCUCGGAUGAUAUCAGAACUACAUGUACACAUCAUAGCAGGUCAGAUGGUAUUAAACCCAUCAUCCAGAGAGAGUCAUAUAUUAUCAAAACCAUCAACCAGGGUGACUCAGAAAAUAGACCGACCAACAUUCAGUCAUAUGACAUUGUAUCCAACCACCAUGUUGAAUCAGAUGAUAUUUCACCACCCACAGAUAUUCAGUCAGAUGGUACAAGACCCACUCAUAAUAUUGAGGUAAAUGCUGCUGGACCUAUUCACCAUGUUGAGUCAGGUCGUAUUUUACCAUCCUCAGAUAUUGAGUCGUAUGAUGUUAGACCCCCCAACAAGUCAGUUAGUGCUGGACCCAUUCACCAUGUUGAGACAGGUGGUAUUUGCCUAUCCUCAGCUAUUCAGUCAGAUGAUAUUAGACUCAUCCAGAAGUCAACUGGUACUGGACCCAUUCACCAUCUUGAGUCAGGUGGUAUUUUACCAGCCUCAUGUAUUCAGUCAGAUGGUAUUAGACCCAUCCAGAAGUCAACUGGUACUAGACCCAUUCACCAUGUUGAGUCGGGUGGUAUUUUACCCGCCUCAUAUAUUCAGUCAGAUGGUACUAGACCCACCCACCAUGUUGAGUUGGAUGUUAUAUUACCACCCACUGAUAUUCAGUCAGAUGGUAUUAGACCCACUCAGAAUAUGGAGGUAAAUGCUGCUGGACCUAUUCACCAUGUUGAGUCAGGUCAUAUUUUACUAUCCUCAGAUAUUCAGUCAUAUGAUAUUAGACCCCCCAUCAAGUCAAUUAGCACCGGACCCAAUCACCAUGUUGAGUCAGGUGGUAUUUUCCUAUCCUCAGAUAUUCAGUCUGAUGAUAUUAGACCAACCCAGAAAUCAACUGGUACUGGACCCAUUCACCAUGUUGAGUCAGGUGGUAUUUUACCAGCCUCAUAUAUUCAGUCAGAUGGUAUUAGAUCCACUCAGAAUAUGGAGGGAUACAGGGCUGGACCUAUUCACCAUGUUGAGUCAGGUCGUAUUUUACUAUCCUCAGAUAUUCAGUCAUAUGAUAUUAGAACCCCCAACAAGUCAAUUAGCACCGGACCUAUUCACCAUGUUGAGUCAGGUGGUAUUUUCCUAUCCUCAGAUAUUCAGUCAGAUGAUAUUAGACCCACUCAGAAUAUUGAGUCAACUGGUACUGGACCCAUUCACUAUGUUGAGUCAGGUGGUAUUUUACCAGCCUCAGGUAUUCAGUCAUAUGAUAUCAGAUCCACCCACAGUACUGGUACUGGACCCAUUCAUCAUGUUGAGUCAGGUGGUAUUUUAUUAGUCUCAGAUAUUCAGUCAGAUGGUAUUAAACCAAUCAACCAGGGCGACUCAGAUGAUAGACCCACCAACCAUACUCAGGCAAAUGACAUUAGACCCACCCACCAUGUUGAGUUGGAUGUUAUAUUACCACCCACUGAUAUUCAGUCAGAUGGUAUUAGACCCACUCAGAAUAUGGAGGUAAAUGCUGCUGGACCUAUUCACCAUGUUGAGUCAGGUCAUAUUUUACUAUCCUCAGAUAUUCAGUCAUAUGAUAUUAGACACCCCAUCAAGUCAAUUAGCACCAGACCCAUUCAACAUGUUGAGUCAGGUGGUAUUUUCCUAUCAUCAGAUAUUCAGUCCGAUGAUAUUAGACCCACCCAGAAGUCAACUGGUACCAUUCACCAUGUUAAGUCAGGUGGUAUUUUACCAGCCUCAUAUAUUCAGUCAGAUGGUAUUAGACCCACUCAGAAUAUUGAGGGAAAUGGGGCUGGACCUAUUCACCAUGUCGAGUCAGGUCGUAUUUUACUAUCCUCAGAUAUUCAGUCAUAUGAUAUUAGACCCCCCAACAAGUCAAUUAGCACCGGACCCAUUCACCAUGUUGAGUCAGGUGGUAUUUUCCCAGCCUCAGGUAUUCAGUCAUAUGAUAACAGACCCACCCACAGUACUGGUACUGGACCCAUUCAUCAUGUUGAGUCAGGUGGUAUUUUAUUAGUCUCAGAUAUUCAGUCAGAUGUUAUUAAACCCAUCAACCAGGGUGAUUCAGAUGAUAGACCCACCAACCAUACUCAGGCAAAUGACAUUAGACCCACCCACCAUGUUGAGCUGGAUGUUAUAUUACCACCCACUGAUAUUCAGUCAGAUGGUAUUAGACCCACUCAGAAUAUUGAGGUAAAUGGUACUGGGCCCAUUUACCAUGUUGGGUCAGGUGGUAUUUUACUAUUCUCAGAUAUUCAGCCAGAUGAUAUUAGGCCCACCCAGAAUAUUGAGUCAACUAGUACUGGACCCAUUCACGAUAUUGAGCCAGGUGGUAGUUUACCAGCCUCAGCUAUUCAGCCAGAUGGUAUUAGACCUACCCAGAGUAUUCAGUCAACUGGUACUAGACUCAUUCACAAUGUUGAGUCAGGUGGUAUUUCACUAUCCUCAUAUAUUCAGUCAGAUGGUAUUGGACCCACCCAGAAUACUGAUUCAAAUGGAACUGAACUUACUCACCAUGUUGAAUCAGGUACCAUCUUACUAUCCUCAGAUAUUCAGUCAGAUGAUAUAAGACCAACCAAGAAUAUUGAGUCAACUGAUACUGGAAUCAUUCACCAUGUUGAGUCAGGUGGUAUUUUACUAUCCUCAGAUAUUCAGUCAGAUGGUGUUAGAUCCACCCAUCAUAUGGAGUCAAAUGGUACUGGACUCAUUCACCAUGUUAAGUCAGGUGGUAUAUUACUAUCCUCAGAUAUUCAGUCAGAUAGUAUUAAACCCACCAUACAGAGUGAGUCAUAUAUUAUCAAAACCAUCAACCAGGGUAACUCAGAUAAUAGACCCACCAACCAUAUUGAGUCAAAUAAUAUUAUACCCAACCACCAUGUUCAAUCAGAUGGUAUUACACCACCCACAGAUAUUCAGUCAGAUGAUAUUACACCCACUCAGAAUAUUGUAGUAAAUGGUACUGGACCCAUUCACCAUGUUGAGUCUGGUAUUUUACUAUCCUCAGAUAUUCAGUCAGAUGAUAUUAGACCCACCCAGAAUACUGAUUCAAAUGGUACUAGACCUAUUCACCAUGUUGAGUCAGGUGGUAUUUUACUAUCCUCAGAUAUUCAGUCAGAUGGUGUUAGACACACCCAGAAUAUUGAGUCAAAUGGUAUUGAACGAAUAUACAAGGUUAAGUCAGGUGGUAUUUUAUCAGCCUCAGAUAUUCAGUCAGAUGGUAUUAAUCCCAUCCAGAAUACUCGUACUGGGCCCGUUAACCUUGUUGAGUCAGGUGGUAUUUUACUAUCAUCAAAUAUUCAGUCAGUUGAUAUUACACCCACCCAGAAGUCAACUGGUACUGGACUCAUUCACAAUGUUGAGUCAGGUGGUAUUUUACUAUCCUCACAUAAUCAGUUAGAUGGUAUUAGACCCACCCAGAAUAUUGAGUCAAAUGAUACUGGACCGAUUCACCAUGUCGAGUCAGGUGGUAUUUUACUAUCCUCACAUAUUCAGUCAGAUGGUAAUAGACCCACCCAGAAUAUUGAGUCAAAUGGUACUGGACCGAUUCACCAUGUUGAAUCAGUUGGCAUUUUGCUAUCCUCAGAUAUUCAGUCAGAUGAUAUUAGACCCACCCAGAAGUCAACUGGUACUGGAGUCAUUCACAAUGUCGAGUCAGGUCGUAUUUUACCAGCCUCACAUAUUCAGUCAGAUGGUAUUAGACCCACCCAGAAUAUUGAGUCAACUGUUACUGGACCCAUUCACCAUAUUGAGUCAUGUGUUAUUUUACCAUCAUCAGAUAUUCUGUCAGAUAGUAUUCCACGCACCCAAAAAAUUGAGGUAAAUGGUACUGGACCCAUUCACCAUGUUGAGUCAGGUGGUAUUUUACUAUCCUCAGAUAUUCAGUCAGAUGGCAUUAGAACUACCCAGAAUAUUGAGUCAGAUGGUACUGGACGUAUUCACCAUGUUGAGUCAGGUGGUAUUUUACCAGCCUCAGCUAUUCAGUCAGAUGGUAUUAGAACCACCCAGAAUACUGGUACUGAACCCAUUCACCAUGUUGAAUCAGGUGGCAUUUUGCUAUCCUCACAUAUUCAGUCAGAUGACAUUAGACCCACCCAGAAGUCAACUGGUACUGGACUCAUUCACCUUGUUCAGUCAGGUCAUAUUUUACCAGCCUCACAUAUUCAGUCAAUUGGUAUUAGACCCAACCAGAACAUUGAGUCAACUGGUACUGGAUCCAUUCACCAUGUUGAGUCAGGUGGUAUUUCACCAACCUCAGAUAUUCAGUCUGUUGGUAUUAUACCUACCCAGAAUAUUAAGUCAAAUGGUACUGGACCCAUUCACCAUGUUGAGUCAGGUGGUAUUUUACCAGCUUCAGCUAUUCAGUCAGAUGGUAUUAGAACCACGCAGAAUACUGGUACUGGACUCAUUCACAAUGUUGAAUCAGGUGGUAUUUUGCCAGCCUCAAUUAUUCAAGCAGAUGGUAUUAGACCCACCCAGAAUAUUGAGUCAACUGGUAUUGGACACAUUCACCAUGUUGAGUCAGGUGGUAUUUCACCAACCUCAGAUAUUCAGUCCGUUGGUAUUAGACCUACCCAGAAUACUGAGUCAAAUGGUAUUGGACUUAUUCAUGAUGUUGAAUCAGGUAGUAUCUUACCAUCCUCAUGUAUUCACACAGAUGGCAUUGGACCCUCACAGCAUAUUAAGUCAAAUGGUACUGGACCCAUUCACCAUGCUGAGUCAGGUUGUAUUUUACCAGCCUCAAAUAUUCAGUCAGAUGGUACUAGAGCCACUCAGAAUACUAGUACUGGGCCGAUUCACCAUGUUGAGUCGGGUAGUAUUUUAACAGCCUCAGAUAUUCAGUCAGAUGAUAUUAGAACCACCCAGAAGUCAACUGGUACUGGACCCAUUUACAAUGUUGCACCAGGUGAUAUUAUACCAGCCUCACAUAUUCAGUCAGAUGGUAUUAGACCCAUUCAGAAUACUGAUACUGGACCCAUUCACCAUGUUGAGUCGGGUGGUAUUUUACUAUCCUCACAUAUUCAGUCAGAUAGUAUUAGACACACCCAGAAUAUUGAGUCAACUGGUAUUGGACACAUUCACCAUGUUGAGUCAAGUUGUAUUUUACCAACCUCAGAUAUUCAGUCCAUUGGUAUUAGACCUACCCAGAAUACGGAGUCAAAUGGUACUGGACCCAUUCACCAUGUUGAGUCAGGUGGUAUUUUACCAGCCUCAGCUAUUCAGUCAGAUGGUAUUAGAACCACCCAGAAUACUAGUACUGGGCCGAUUCACCAUGCUGAGUCAGGUGGUAUUUUAAUAUCUUCAGAUAUUCAGUCAGAUAUUAGUCCCACCCAGAAGUCAACUGGUACUGGACCCAUUCACAAUGUUGAGUUGGGUGGUAUUAUACCAGCCUCAGAUAUUCAGUUAGAUGGUAUUAGACCCACUUACCAUAUUAUGUCAAAUGAUAUUGGAGCCAUACACCAUGUUGUAUCAGGUGGCAUUUUACCAUCCUCAGAUAUUCAUUCAGAUGGUUAUAGACCCACCCAAAAGACUGAGUCUGAUGGUAUUACACCCACAUACAAUAUCGAGUCAGCUGGGACUAGCAUCAUGCACCAUACAGAGACAGACAAUGUUAGAGACACGUAUCUUACUGGAUCAGAUGGUACUAGACCCUCCUAUCGUACUGAGUCAAAUGAUCUUGCAAGUACCUACCGGUGUGGUGUAAGAUCCGUCCACCAGGCUGAUCCAUCCCAUAUCAGAACCGGCAGUGAUUCUGUGUCGGAUCAAACCACUGUCCCCUACAGUCGCAGUUCACAUACCACUACAUAUUCACAGAUAAAGAAAUACAUAAACAUUACUCAAAGACGUUUAAAGUCAAAAAUGUUGCGAUGGCCAAGGGGUUCUAUGUUUAAAAGAUUCCUACUCAUGUUAUUAAUCAUUUUGACAGUUUCACUGGUAAUACUUAUGCUAUACAUGUAUUUCUUUUAUUCAAAGCAGGACUGUUGUUUAUGUGUACAACAUUUGCUGUCACUGUUUGUUGAAAUGCAUUGCUGUCCUGAAAUGAUCUACUAAAAAUGCUUGAGCGCUUUCCUGAGGUGAUUUGGUCAUAGGAUCGAACCGUCUCGGGUUUCCUUGUCCCAGCUAGUGCCACAUGUCUGGUAUAUUAAAGAACCACGUAUGUACUGUCCUGUGACAGUCUAUAGGUAUAGUUUCCAUUUUAAUAUUCAGAAACAGACCACUAUUCCUCAACAUUCAUAUUGUAAUGUAUUUAAAAUACCCACAUGGUUACUGCAAUAAUAGCAAUAACACACCAAUUAUUAAAACUGUAAUUUGCAUUAGUAAAAGAUGUUAUAAUAUUGAAGCAGUGUAGCAGGCACAUGUUCAGGAAAUUGUGUAUCUAUUUAUGUAUGUAUUUAUGUCCGUAUGUAUUUGUCAUUAGGUUGUGCAAUAUGUUAUAUUAAUUGACUAUCAUCUUACAUUGUGUUAAUAUUGUAAGGCGAUGUUAUCGGGCACCCCAACCCUGACACCGUCACAAUGAUGUGGGGCAACAAAUUAAAAAUUAAAUAAAAACAUUUAAAAAAAAGAUAUUUAAAUAUACUGAACUUCAUUGGAAACGCAUAAGCCAGAUUUGUAGUUUUAAAAUGAUUUAAUACAUGAGAAAAAAUAAUACAUUUAACUGACUUUGUGUAACUGUAUGUAUUAGUAGGCAAUAAAUAACCCAAAAAAUUCAAUAAAUUGGUUUGGGAUAUUGUACUUUACAACCUCACACAUGGAUAGCAAUAACAACUGAAAAUAGGGUGGUGCAUUUUCAAUAUACGAGUGCAGUAUACAUUCUUUUUACAGGUUUUGUUAACUAAAUAUGCAUUUUCUUUGUUGUAUUUUUGUGUUCCUAAGAUAAUAAAGUGUUUUUGUUAUUGAAAUAUAAA